UAGACAUCUUGAGGUGAUCUACACGGCAUCUUGAGGUAGUGAUCUACACGCGAUGCGACGCAGACCGAUAGCCUUCAUGUUCUGGGGCAUGCAGACGCAAUGGCCCACCAUGGGGCGCCACCUGCUCACCUUAGCUCCCUUCAAGGACUCGAUCGGCAAGUCGGCGGCGAUUCUGAGCGACAGAGGCGUCGACCUGAUGGAGAUUGUCACCAGCGCCGACGCGAGCGUGUUCGACGACAUCGUGCACAUGUCUACGUCGAUCACUGCCAUGCAGAUAGCUCUGGUGGACACGCUCGCGGCUUACGACAUAAUCCCUGACGUCAUCAUGGGCAUCUCCCUGGGAGAGCUCGGCAGCGCCUACGCAGACGGCUGCCUGAGCAGAGAGGAAGCUCUCGUCUCCUCCUACUGGUGGGCGAAGUGCGUGCAGGACAUCAACCCACCGCGCGGCAAGCUGGCGAUCGUGGGUGAGGCGCGCUAGGCGUACA